AUCGGCUGUAAGCCAUGCAGCAUCUUUGUAGCUUCAUCUUUUUCUUGCAUCUUCUUCGAGGUUCUGCCAGCCAAACCAUUGAGGCAGACUGCAAUGACCACAAUAUAUUUUACGCAGUAGAUAAGGCACUGAGACACCACAACAAGGCGUUAAUAGAUGGAAACCAGUUUGUUCUCUAUAGGAUCACAGAUGCCAAGAUAAAGACUGAUAAUAGCGAUGGGAUACAUAACUUUGUCAGCUAUGAUAUACGAGAAGGUUCCUGUGGAGUAAAAAGUGGCAAAUUGUGGCAGAAUUGUGAUUUUAAGCAAUCUGAUGAAAAAGUGGGUAAGUGUUCGGCACACGUUGUAGUCAACAAAGAGUUCAAGACCAGUGAAGUCAUCUCUCAGAACUGUAGCACUUUCAAAGUUGAGCCUAUUGUGUCUGCCGUUCACCAACAAUGCCUUGGAUGCCAAACAAAUCUUGACACCGGAAAUAAGGAUUUGUUACCCAUAAUAAAGGCUGCUAUUGAAAAAAUGAACAAACUGGGCAAUCAUCCGUUCUACUUUGAUGUGGAGAAUAUUAUCGAGGCCACACGCCAGGUUGUCUUUGGAUGGAAUUAUAAACUAAUUUAUACUAUCAGACAGACCAACUGCUCAAAAUCUAUUCAUAGUAAUGUACCCUUGGAGGAAUGUGAACUUGAUGCAAAUGGACAACAUGGUAAAUGUACAACCCAGGUAUUUAUAAAUACUCAAGGGGAAAUUAACGAUAUUUUAUUGGACUGCAGCUCACAGACAGGGCUUUGCCUCAACUGUCCUGAUGCAGUGGAAAGAGAUGACCCAGAAUUGCUGGAUUUGUUAAGACAAGUCAUGGAUGAAUAUAAUUCUAACAAUAACAACACUAAUCUUUAUAACUUUGUUUCAGUUGACAAAGCUUCAAGAAAGGGGGUACAUGAAAAAAUCUAUGAUGUGACAUUUAAUAUUCGAGAGACCAACUGCUCAAAGUCUGAUUACAGUAUCCUGGGAGAAGAAUGCCAAUUUAUAGAGAAAAAUGAGACUCUACAAUGUUAUGCCAAAGUAAAUGUUACAGACACGAAAAUUACUGUUUCUUCAAGUCCUGUGUGUAAUAACAAAGGCAGAACACGUGGGUUUUCCUAUAAGGGUCUUUCACCUUUCCGUGGGAUUCUACCUUUCAAAAAAACUAGAAGAGAUACCGAGAAAGCAAAAGGGCAUGCACGUGGUUAUGCUCAUAAAGGAGAACAAAGACAUGCAAAGAAGAAUAAAAAAGGGAAGAAAGACAAAAGGAAGAAGAAAAAUGGUCAUAAAAAUGGAGAUUCAUCUGAAGAAUCUCAAGAAUAUACUAUCUCACCUACAGUGCAUAAAACUCAACACAUGCAACAUACAACAGCUCAGACAGUAGAAUUGAUAACAUCAACUCAGAAACAACAGAGCUUAAGUAAAAUACCUGGGGAACAAAUGUCUAAAACCACAGAAAAGCCAAAUUUAGGACUAUUUCCCCAUAUUCCAUCAGUACAAGAAGACCAGGAUAAUUUUUUUAAUUUUCACAACAACGCUGAACCAGAUUUACCAGGACCAGAUGAUUCAAACUUCCCAAAAUGCCCAGGGAAGCAAUGGGAGCCAGUGAAACUGCCUACCACAGAACUAACAUAUGACCUUUUUGAUCUUGCCUCUGCCAUUGGAGAUGCCACACCUACAGCAGCUGAAAAUGUUAAAAACAAAGAGCCGGGCAACACAGGUCAACCAUUUAAUGAUGAAGAUCUGCUGCUAAGUUUAUUUUAGAAAUACUAACAGUGUUAAGCUUUUGAUUUAAAAAUAAAUUGUAACUUUUGUGUAUGUUACAA